AGUUCCCUCUCCAAAGUUUUGAAGAUCAGCUGACGAAAGAAGACUAGUGAUAAUGUUAGAGAAAAAAUCAUGCUAAGUGACCGUAAGUUCAUAAUAGUUUGUACUAUGGCGUGUAUCGGGUCCGGCAGGCUCUGUGCUCGCGGUGUAGAGAAAUUGUGCCAACUAGGACAAACUACUCAAGUGCGUAGAAAAUCGUCUGCUGCUUUUGUGAAAAUCAAACAAAUUGGAAUUCAACCAUUAUCUAGGACUUUAUUGCAAAAGAGCACCUCUAAUCAUGUACAUGUCUGUUCAUCUGCCGACGUCACCACACCCACACACAGGUAUUACUCCCAACAACCCGGGCCAGGAUCACUUCCAGACUACCAGACAGUCGACCCAUACAGACUACUCGAAGACGACCUUAAAGAUGUAUACAGCGAUAUCAGAAAGGAACUACGGUGGAACACAAAUCAAGAAGAACUACAUACAAUAGCAACAUAUUAUUUCGAUGGUCAGGGCAAAGCACUGAGGCCGAUGGUCGCUAUUCUAAUGGCUCGAGCUAUCAACUACCAUAUGAACAAAAGUGGUCUUACACCGGCUCAAAGACAGGUAGCAAUGAUAGCGGAGAUGAUACAUUCAGCGUCGCUAAUUCACGACGACGUCAUCGACCAGUCCGAUUUUCGCCGGGGGAAGCCCAGUGUAAAUGUCCUAUGGAAUCACAAAAAGGUGGCCAUGGCUGGAGAUUUUAUUUUAGCUGUAGCUUCAAUGAUGAUCGCCCGACUUCGCAAUAAUGAUGUUACCCUAACUCUCAGUCAGGUCGUAACGGAUCUUGUGCAAGGAGAGUUUAUGCAGCUUGGAUCCAAAGAAACUGAAAAUGAAAGAUUUGCUCACUACCUCACUAAGUCCUACCGAAAAACAGCCAGUUUGAUUGCAAAUUCUGUGAAAGCAGUAGCAAUGUUAGCAGGAGCUGAUGCAAAAUUAUCAGAAGUAGCUUUUGAAUAUGGGCGAAAUGUUGGCUUGGCAUUUCAACUUGUGGAUGAUUUGCUAGAUUUUGUCUCAUCCUCAGACACAAUGGGUAAACCAACAGCUGCUGACUUAAAGCUGGGUCUUGCUACAGCACCUGUUCUAUUUGCGUGUGAAAAGUAUCCAGAAUUAAAUCCAAUGAUAAUGAGAAGAUUUCAAGAAGAAGGUGAUGUGGAAAAAGCCUUUGAAUUGGUACACAAAUCACAAGGUCUUGAGCAAACAAGAUUUUUAGCAAGAAAACACUGUCUCGAAGCUGCACGUUUAGCUGGUUCAAUAGCAGAAUCUCCUUAUCAGAAAUCUUUGAUAGUUGUAAGCGAUUUAGUCAUCAACCGAAUGAAAUAGCGACAGGUAUGCAACCUUUAUCCACUUAUAUUCUGUAUAGGGACUUUAGUGAAUACUCUUUAAAGAUAAUAUUCAUGAGAGCUUGAUAGCACAAGUUUUUUUUAGUACAAAGAAAACCCAAGCAAUAGUAAGCAUGGUGUUCCCAAAAAAGCACCUAUCUUGAAAACGGUGUUUCAUCGUUGUUUUUCUCAAUUUUUGAAAUACUAAUUUGUAUUGUUGAUCAAAAUUUUUGAAAAAUAUUUUCUUUUUAAGGUGAUGAAAAGUCACAGAGAGUUUUUAAAAACAAAAAAGAAUCUUUGUCUCCAAAUAAUUGAGGGGGAAAUUUUUCCGCCCCAUGAACUCGUAUUGUUUAGAUGUAAACAUUUAUGAUUUGUGGUCUGUAUGCAAUUAAAUUCUAAUUUUGAAGGUUUUACUACAUUUAAAACGAGUAAAACCUGAGUGCAUCAAUUAAUUUCCUGUGCAGAUCCGAAAGUAUUAUCAAUCUUUUCCUUUUUUAAGUGCCAAUGGAUGAUAUUACAUGCAUUAACUCGUGGACAAAACAUGUUUAAUCAAAAAUUAAACAAUAAGAACCAAUGAAAAUGAAAUGAACUUUUAAAAACAAUCGAAAUUUGACGAAAACUGCAGUGUUUUAUCGCAGUUGAAAAUCAUGCACUCAUAACUUAACAUCAAGUUCCAACCAGGCUCGAUGUCUGCAACAUCUGUCAAAAAAUAACCAAGAGCCUUUGUUUGUUCUACAAAUUAUUGAUAUGUGGCUAAAAAAGCUCUAGGUCAGUGUAUAUCAACUACAAAAAUGAGAUCCUUUUGCAGAAAGUAAGUAUUGAGGGUUAAAAGUUUAACUUAUCCGGAAAAAUUGAAGUAGAAGGAUGGGAUUGGAAGUUAGCUAGGUAGCAGAAAUUGCGCUAGUAUUCAAUCACUUCGCACAGUUGGCUCCUGUUAGUGGGCUGAUCAUAUUUUUCCAGCGUUCCAGCAUCAAAUUUUUGCGCUAUAAGCACCUCUGUUUAAGUUUUCCUGUGUUGAGUUAGUGCUGCAACCCUCAAUACUCAGCUUUCUUGGGCAGUGUUCUGCCUUCCACGGACGCCAUGCACCAAAUACACCUAGAAAUUGGACUUUGGCCUCCAAAAAUUGGGAGACCGGCCAUCAUUGCACCUUAAAAAGCUGACGCACCCGCUGAUUUUUUUCAACAUGCAGUCUCAAAGGAGCAAUUACUCAUGAUGCAUAUGCAAAAAGUCAAUUUGGUCUCUAAAAAUUUUUAUACGGCUCCUAAAACUCGGACUUUCCGGCCAAGGUGGCUCACAAAAUUUUAGGGGAAAGGCGGAACACUGCCCUUGGGCAGUGACGCAGGCAAGCACUCAAUCGUAUUGUUAAGUCUGAGCGCCUGCCUGCAUCAUUAGCAACAUGCUGAUGGCUGUUGUAGCAUGUAAAAAUGGUCUGAAUGGGGAGAUGGGUGCUUGGAUAAAAUUGAUUCUCUGUUGACUUUGCUGUAAAUAGCAUUGCCUGAUAGUGGCUUUAGUAAAUAGGAUGCGUACAUCUAUACAAAAGGAUAUGGAGCAUGAAUUUUUCUGAACAGAGAUGUUUUAAACGUAGAACUUAUGAACUUAGUGAAAAUGAAUGUUCCUAGAUGAUUCGUUGAAUAAUAAGCACUAAACACUUUGGCAGUCUAUUGCAUAUUUAAUCUAAAAUACUUAAAUAUCAGAAAUGCGAAAGCGGUAAAUUAGCAUUUUUAUGAAUGCCCAUCUGGUAUAUGUUGGAUCUAAAUGGGCAAUUUUUUUUUAUUUGCUGCUUUUCCAGGGCUACUCACUGCACCCAUAAACUGCAUUGAUGUCUAAACAAAACAUGUGCAUGCUGUAAAAACUUAUACAUCAACUGAUGAUCCCUGUGAAAUUUUUCAGUAAAAUCUGGACGCAUCCAUUGUAACUGAAAUCAUAUCUGGUCAAAGAAGCUGUUUUGAGUCAAUGUUAAUCUAUCAUCAAUUUCAAUCAAAAUGUCGUUCGACGGCAUUUCCUCGUUGAGCUUGUGCAAUGGAACCUUGUUUAUUGUUGAAUUUUUGUUUUCCCUUUUUUCCAGUUAUUUUCUAUUGUUAAUAUUCCUUCCACUGUUAGUAUGAUUAUUCAUUCGCACAAGUGUACUUUCUUCAGUAUUCAGAGAAUAGACCAUGGUUUUGAAACGUGUCUAAAAUUUGUCCAGGUUUCUGGUUGAAUUGAGCUAAGUCUUAAUUUUAAAAGCAAUUGUUUUAUCGUUCUCAAAAAUGAUAGAUGUAAGAAUGGGAACAAUAAGUAUUCGCGUGCAUGAUAACAACUUUGUUAAAAUCUUACCAGAAAUACAUCUAGAAAAUUUUCAAUGCCUAUAAAAUAAUAUGUUAGUCCAUUGAACAAGGAACCUUAGUCUACAUAAGCUUCAAAUGGAGCUAUGGAUAUUGUAGCGUAAAGAAAUUUCCUAUGGACAAAAAACACCCAAAAAUUCCAAACCAAACCAAAGCUAUGAUGGCUUGAAGUUUGUAGAACAUAAAACAUAAUUUUGAGACAAAGUGAUUUCAAUUUUUACUCUGCCUUCCUCGGGGUACAAAAUUGUCUGAUUAUAGUGCAGCGCCAUGCCUUCUAAUGGCGCAAAAAUAAUCUUAACUGUUUUCAACUACUUCUUAAUGAAACAUUUUUUGUUGAGACCUCUAAAUCCAAACCUUAUGCAACAUGACAAAAAUCGUUUGUCCGAAAAUUACACCUUUGUGGACUAAGACUCGUUCCCUUUUGGACUGUAACUGGUGUUGAAAAGUAGGUAGCUCUCUACAAAUUUUCUCUUGAAAAUUUAAAGAGAAAAAUGAUGGCUGCAGAAAGUUGGAGCUGAAAUUCUAACGAAGACUUUAAAUAGUGUACUUAAGAAAAUUAAAUUAAAGAUGAGCAUCAUCGUUGAAUUGUUAUAUUUAAACUUCUAAUCCGAGUAGGAUUUUUCGGUAGCAAGUACUGCAUUGGUCAGAAGUUCUAACCUUACCUGAGUUCUGUUCUGACUUUCUUGGUCAGAGGAUCGUUUUAUUUGUGAAAUUCUGAAGAGAAAAUUUGUAUAGUAGUACUUUAAUUUGCUCCCUGUUAAGUAGCCCAUUUGAUGUAUUUAAGCAUCAAUAUUCUUGUAAUAUACACUCAUCGUAGCUACCUGACAUAGAUGUCUCAAGCCUUCCAAGUAAUGGUUUUGUCAUCCUCUCUCUCCCCCUUUUUUCCCUUCUAUUUGUGGCAACCAUACGAAGCGUUGUAGCCAAAUUCCCAGUCACAAUAAAUCCAAUACUUACCAAAAACUCAAUUACACGCAUUGAGUAAAAAUUUGUUCGCAGUCUCUUUGUGGGUGAAGGAAUGAACUCAGGCGCAGCUAAUCUAAACCGGAAACAAAGAGGGACAAUUUUCGAGGAAAAGGGUAAAAAGGAGACGCCUUAGAUCAAUAUUUGUCAAAAUGUCUUUGAAUUUGCCCAAUGUUUUUUCAGAUCAGCUACUCCAUAGAACAAACAUUAGGUCAUUCCUUCCCUGAGCAUAUUCAUUUGUUUAUGUAAUCUUUCAGUGAUCGAUUCUGGCAAGGUGUUUAAACCUUUUUUGCCAUUCACAAUGAUUCAAGCUUAAUUUGCGCACAUUUCAAGGUACUCAAAAUUUUUUCUAACUAGAAAUCGAAAGAAAUAUUUUUACAAGAAAAUGUUUCAACAAGCUGACUGAAAUUUUUUUGGUAAAUUACUUUUUGUGUUUCAAUUAGCACCAAUCAUGCACUGCAGGUCAUUUUUCUUUUCAGGAAAAAACAAAUCACAAAAAUGUCCUUUGAAAGGAUACUUUUUGUACUAGAGAUAAUAACUCAUUUUUAUCUAGUAAUUUCAUGAACUGUAAUAUGAAUAAUGUGCAGCUAAUUCUGAAUCGCUGUUGUGAAUGACACUUACUAGUUAAAUGAAGCAGCAGGUAUUGAUUCUUAGUACUUAACAGUAGGUAUGACUGAAUGCAAGAACAGAGCUGAACAUAAAACGAAAACAUACAAAUAUUCACAUGUUGGCUGUUUUCCUCUUGAGUUUAAUUUAUAUUUUGCUACCACAAAAUAUGUCACAGGCUGUGUCAUAGCUUUUACCGUUAAUUAUUAUUCAAAGUUUUUUCAGUCCUUACCUAGAUAGUUUUACUUGGUCAAACCCUUAUACAUAAUUUCAAAGCUAAGUAGGUAUCAUUACUUUCUUUCCUCUCAAUUUUCCGCCCUCUGGUGAGAUUUAUUUUUUAUGAUUCAAUCAUAUGUAAUUUUUUUUUCUAAUUGUUCUGUAACUUAACUAGACUCAUCGCGGUUGUCAAAUCUAAGGAGUUGAGGGUGAAAGAGAUCAAAGUAGGUUUUCAGUGUGUAUCUAUCAAUGUAAAAACGUAUCAUUAAGCAGUGAAAUUAAAAGUAGAUGUUACCUCAGUGAAUAGGAAACGAACCAUCCUAAUUCUUUAUCAGAUGGCUUUGCUAUGUGUUUCAAUUCACAAUCAGCUUUGAUAAGAUUAUAUAUUAUUUUGCUCUGUGAAGAGUUUAAUAUUUUAUUUAGAAUUUUUAUUCUCUCACUUUUAGUCGUCCUUUUAAAUGGAAGUCUUAUUCUUUAGCUAGAAUCUGCGUUUAUCAGGACCUUGUUUUGUCUAUUUUAAAAUUUUUAUUUUAUGAAUAGAACUUAAAAAUGAUACCAGCCAUUGUAACAUUAAUUAUCUUCUUGUUCUUACUUUCAUUUCUUUGUAUGGUUUUUUUUCUUCUUUUUUUUUCUUACUGUGUCACUACUUGUAUUUGUGCAGCAUGAAGGAACUAUUAAGUAUAUAUCUUUAAUGUGCUGUUAUCAGAAUUAUCCUUCUAAGUACCAACUUAUGGAUGCAGUACCACGAUUCACUAAAUGCACUGUAAAAAUUGUGGAUUCGAUUGGGUUUAAGUUUCAUUUAAGUAAUUAUCUUAAUGAAUUUUUGCACAUGGUAUUCCAGCUCUAACCAAUGAGUACCAAAAAAUUCUUAUUCUAAGCUAGGUACCUCAAUAGACAUUAAACAUUUUCAAGUAAAUUGAUUCAAUAGAGAACUGAAAAAGGUGCUAACUGGAGCACUCCGUUUUAUCUUUUCUCUUUAUACAGGUAACACACUCAGGAAAUAUAAUUCACACAACAUGAAAUUUGGAAAGUCACUCUAAAAAAUGCUAUAUCAUUUUAUAAUUUAAAAAAUUUUUAAAUUACAAAAUCACAAAUGACAUUAAUUGUAUGAUUUGUGUUCUACUUGACCAGAAUUUAAGUAAAAGUGUUAGAAUCCUACAAGAAUACCAAUGGAAAAAACCAGUGGUGUGGCGUGAAUGAUCAAUUAUCAAUAUUUCUUUAUUUUAAGCUAUGGUAAAAAAUCAAUUAUUAAGGCAUUCGUUGCAAACACCCUGUUUAUCGAUCCUUUUCCAUAAAUUUAAAUGGCAGAUCAUUUGAUGCAUCACAAAGCAUGCCAUGCCAUUGGAAAAAAACCUGUUAAGUACCAAUAAAAGAGAAUGAAAAAUGAAGGGAGACACUUAUACGGACUUUUCUGGUAACAUUGUGUAGUUCCAAUCAUGUCCAGAGUCUGCAGAAAAUGCAGAAAGAAAAAAAAACGAAAGCUGACAAAUCCGUCUCAAUCUGGUCUCCAGCCAAUUUUAUUUAUUAAUACUUUUAGGUCAGUUCGGUCAAAAUGUUUUGGUUAUUAUUUUGAGGGAUAACAUCUUUUAACAAGGACGCUGCCUUUCCUUCAGGCAGCUUAUUCUUGGUUCAUUUCCAUAUUUUAUCAAAAUUUUUGUAAAUACUUGAUACAACAAAACACUUAAAGUUGGAAGAUGCGUCAAAUGUUAUAAAACUUCUUAAGUGAGGAUCUGUACAUUAUUCUGUAAAAAUUAACAACUUUGUAUUGAGUGUAUAUUAAAAUAGACAUUAGGGAUUAAAUCAAGUGCUUGAAAGGAAGAUAUCCUGGUUGCUUUAAUUUUUUUUGUUCUCUAAUGUAAACACUUACUAUAGAAUGGUAAAACUCUUCGGUUAUUUUACAGGAGAGAUUUAAAGAAUAGUUCAGCUGACGCCAUCUCAUGCAGGUCAAGGGCCCAUGGUCUUGAGGCUCAAGAUGUUCUUUACCUACAAAACGAAUGUAUUGGUAUUGUUUUCCUAGCUUCUCAGUUACCGGCCAUUAUUAUUCUGUAAUUAUGUAGUGGCCAAAAUUACACCAUGAACUUUUGAUUUUCCUCUUUGGUGAUCAUAACUUAAUCCUCAUUAAAUUUAGCAGUUUUUACCAUUGAGAGACACCAGCUGCACCAAGAGAAAAGUCAAUUUGAAGGGAAAUCUAAAAUGUCCAGCAGCUGCUGACGGUUUAACAUCUUUUCUACCUACAUUAUUAUCUGUGGACUUGAAUUCAGCGACGCCUAAAUAUUCUCUGCAGAUGAUGAAACUUCAGAUAUUUUUCAUCAGGAAUACACUUUUCGGCCAAAUCCCCUUCUUUGUAUCAGUCUCGUGAGCAAGGAUGCCUCAGACCUAACUGAGUCCGCAGUCUACGAAUGGAUGUGGCACACUUCGAUACUGAAAGCUGAUAAACUCGGUGGUUUUCCUCAGUGAGCAUCUACUAAUCAUGCAGAGAAAAGGGGCAAAAAAGAAAAUAGAUACCCAGGCAUUCAUAAAGCUAAGAGCGUUUGGCUCAUUCAAUUGCUUCAAAGCUGAGCUAUUUUGUUAGUACACACAGGUAGUCGUUUUUCGUUUACUGGUGCUAGAUUUUGAAGACACUUAUGCUGUAGUCACCUACCAUUCUUUAAAAGAACCCUAUGGAUAAGAUUGAUCAAUUGUAUCUACAUUUCUAUGAAAAAAAAAGAUCAAGUACCUUUUUCAUAAUUUUGCUCUUGGAGAGGGAAGGAGAAGGAUAAAAGAACCUUUAUUAGAAGGGGGAAGGGUCUUGCCCCUUGGUGUCAGGAACCUGAGAUUUUUUGUACAUACAAAGCUCAACCCGUCCGGCAACGGCCAAAAAUAACAUUGCCACAACGUUGCUGCAACGUUGCCGCAACAUUAUUUUUGGCAGUUACAUUGUGACAACAUUUCCGCAUCUACUUCAGGCAACCACUUGCCGGGCGGGAAGAGCUCCCUCUUAUUGCAUAGAAAACAGGAUUUCUUGUUGCUCAGUACCUAUCAACCAUAGUAUUUUUCAAGUUCCAGUGCGCACAAUUUAAAAUAUCCAGUGCUAAUUACAUCUUGUUUUCAUUUCAAACCGGACAGGAACUAUUGCUCUGAUUUAAUAGACUGUACAGUAUACCGUUGUGCCACAUCGAUGUCAUGACUUGUAGCUCAUAAGGAACAAACUCAAAAUUUCAUUUUACGUACCCAAUUUCUUUUCAGACUGCUAAGACAUGUAUUAUCAUUGAUUGUUAAGUGUAUUUAUAGAACAAUAUGUAUGUAUGUAUGUUCAUAAAAUUUUAAGCCAAAAAUGUUUAAUUUAAUUUAUAAUCUCUGUCAAGCAUAAAUAACCAAUUAAUGACAAAAUGUGUGUACAUUUUUGUCUUAUUAUGAUUUUAAAAGUAAUAAACAUUUUUAUUUAUAUAA